AUGGUUAGUUCGAGGGUAGGCUACCGAUGGUACACAAGAUUAGUUGCUCUUGCAUGUUAUGCUUUGCUUCUUAUGCCUGGUUUUCUUCGAGUUACAUAUUAUUAUUUUUUCUCGAGUCAAGUGCGACGGAGUAUUAUUUAUGGAAAUCAACCAAGGAAUAGAUUGAAUUUAUACUUGCCAACAAAUAUUAAUGGCCCUAAGCCAGUUGUGGUAUUUGUGAAUGGUGGAGCCUGGAUAAUUGGGUAUAAGGCUUGGGGCUCACUUGUGGGACUCCAGUUGGCAGAAAGAGAUAUCAUUGUAGCAUGUAUUGAUUACAGGAACUUCCCCCAGGGAACCAUCAGUGACAAGGUGAAAGAUGCAUCUCAAGGGGUCUCAUUUGUCUGCAAUCUCAUUGGCAGAUAUGGAGUUGAUCCUAAUAGAAUCUAUUUAAUGGGGCAGUCAGCGGGGGCACAUAUUUCUGCUCGUGUUCUUUUGGAGCAGGCAAUCAAAGAAUCUAGAGGAGAAAACACCACCUGGAGUGUCUCCCAAAUCAAAGCUUAUUUUGGUUUAUCUGGAGGGUAAACUUUUAUCUGUUUUUAAUUAUGAGUCUUGGAUAAGAUAUGUUGAAUAUGCAGAAAGCUGUACUUUCCAUUGUUUUGGGCUUAAUGAGUACACUUAAGCAACAAGAUUAAUGCUCUACAAGGAUCUUUAUACAAGACUAUCAAGUUCAUAUUGCUAUAUGAAUUUUAGACAUUUUUAAUACGUUAUGUAUGAUAAAAAUGAUCAUGUCCUAAUAAUGAAGAAGCAACAUGCUACUUUUUCCAUUUCUUAUGUAGGGUGCAUGACUGUCUCAUUGAAGUGGCUAUAGAACAUUAAUGCUUCAGAUAAAAUCCAGCUGAAAGACGUUUAGCUAUAUUUUUUCGUGAAAAUUGUUGUCAGUUUUUUUGAAAUUGAUUAUCUUGAAUCACAGCUUUUGUUUUGUUUUGUUGGUUGGUUUUAAGUACACGGUGUGCAAAUAAUGCUCUUCUUAGUUUCCAUGUGUUUUUUCAUUGUAGGACUUUAUCUUUUGGAUCAUAGUUUUCACCCUUUCUGAUUUUCCUAGAAGAAUUUUUGCAAGACAGUAUCGC